CGGAUAUUACGACCGAUGGCGACGUGACUGUCGGUAUGGACAGCACAACUGAGUUAUCUGUCGUGACGUUUACGUCAACGAGUGCCUUACUUCUUACUGACGUCACGACCGAAGUCGGAAUUGACGUCACCACGCACAUCUUCGACACGUACAACGUUUUCAUUCAUCCUCACUGGAAACAGUUUCCUCUCGUUUCUGACGCCUGGCAUUAUACUGUUGGUGUUAUCAUAACCUGCGUAGGAUUCUUUGGCAUAUUCGGAAACGCUUUAGUUAUUUGGAUGUUCUCACGGGAGGCGUCAUUACGGACGUCAUCGAAUAUGUUCAUAGUGAACCUUGCAAUUAGCGACAUGACGUUUUGCAUUGUGAACGGAUUUCCCUUGUUUAGUCUGUCGGCAUUCAAUAAAAGAUGGAUAUUCGGACAAGCGGCUUGCGAAUUCUACGGUCUGAUCGGAGGAAUAUUCGGAAUAAUGUCGAUUAACACGAUGGUGAUGAUAGCGAUAGACAGAUACAUGGCAAUAGCCAGGCCUAUUCAUGUAGCAAAAUCGAUGACACGAAAGAAAGCUUUCAUCAUGAUCGUUACCGUGUGGAUCUGGUCGCUGGCCACCUGCCUACCACCGAUAUUUGGAUGGGGACGCUAUAUCCCUGAAGGUUUUCAAACAUCCUGCACGUUCGACUACCUAACCAGAACAGAUAACAAUCGAACCUAUAUUUUCUUCCUGUAUGUCUUAGGGUUUGCAGUACCGCUUUCGAUAAUUAUUACUUGCUACGCGUUGAUCUUACGUGCUGUAAACAAACAUGAAAUUGAGAUGAAAAAGACGGCAAAGAAGAUGAACGCAGAAAUCAGGACUAACCAGGAGGACAAGAGAAUGGAAAUAAAAGUCGCUAAAAUCGCUAUGACCAUCCUUGUAUUAUAUCUGCUAUCAUGGACACCAUAUGCCACCGUCGCUCUAAUUGGUCAGUUUGGAAAUGCAAAAUUCGUUACUCCGUUCUGGUCAGAAAUUCCCGUUUUGUUUGCAAAAGCUUCUGCAAUGCAUAAUCCACUGGUAUACGCUUUAAGUCAUCCAAAAUUUCGGGCAGCAAUACAGGGUCGCGUCCCAUGGCUAUUAUGUUGUUGCGAACCGGAAGUCGCCAAGUAUGCGGGGCGGGCAAGUACCGACCGAGACAGAAAUACAAGUCGCCGUAGUACAGCAAGUGUUGCAGGAGGAACAAGUUUUGACAGCGAAAUGAGCAACCUCAGCGAUGUCACUACCGCUGAUAUAGACUUCAGGCUUCGGAAACUGGAGGAGAAAUCCGUAAAAACAAACAAAAGUUCCCGUCGUAACGCUAUUCGCAGCAAAUCUGUCGAAGACAUCGAUGACAUUCCAGCCGGAAGAAUAAUACAAGAUCUUACUCAUGCGCUAUGUGAGGUUGCUUCUCGAGACAAGCAAGGCACACGACCUCUUUAUCUGCCAACAAACGUUAUUCAAAAGGACGGCGCCUCUGGCCAGGCUUCGAAACAUACAAGCGAUGGGGUUUUUGUUCUCGAUAGUUCAAAUCUUCCAGAGCUUGCAAAAUACCUUGUUCAGUUUUCAGAGCUGAAUCGACCAUCUAGCGGUAAUGUAAACAGGGCAAUGGACAUGUCUUCGGAAGCUCCUGGUGAGCAUAAGGCAGGGGAUGGCGGUGCUAUACCAAAGCAAAGGGUCAAUGCGGGUAAUAACUCUGAAACAGAUGAAGCCAAAUUCUGA